GAAAUACUCGCCCAUCUCACUACAACACCAGUGUUUCCUUGCCUUUGGUGUCGGUUAAUAGCGUGAUCUUGGACUUGUACUGCUAUAAAUUUUAGAGAACUUGUGUACUCUGCAGAUCCCUGUGUACUCAGCCUACAAGUUUGAAGGGUUAAUGGGCUGCACAAGACAAAACAAGUGGUACAUUGAACCUCAACUUGACAGUAAUAAUGCAUCACCAAACAUGCAACUGGAGAAAGAUGUGAAAAAACAAGGACGUGGAGCCCGUCAAGCUCUCAAUGGAGACUAUGAGAAGUCUGGCUUCGACAGAGGUCAUCUGGCACCAGUCCUCCAGGCAAACUCACAGAUCUGUGCUGAUGCCACCUUCACUCUCACCAAUGCUGCUCCACAAAACCCCUCUUUUAACCGAGAUCAGUGGAGGAAACUAGAAGGAAUCAUUGCAAAAGAACUGUCUGAUCAGUGUCUACCAAAUAAGUAUUCUGUUUACAUUGUGACAGGUGUGGUACCCGGUAAUAAUAACAUAAACAAUAGAGUGACAGUGCCUAGUCAUUUCUGGACUGCAUACUGCUGCUUAGACAACAAUAAUAAAUGUCAGAUCUCAAGUGGGUUUAUCGGAAAGAACGAGAACAUUACUCCAAAAAGAAACACUGUGAAGGAUUUAGAGACAGAGUUGGCAACGCUUUAUAAAGUCACAUCCUUUCAGUUGUUUGAUUACUCUACAGAACCCCCAGCAAAGAAACAAAAAUCCCAAAAAUAAAAACACUCUUUCAAAAUAAAGCUUUAUUGAACUAUUGUCUUACAAUAGCUCAAUAAAGCUUUAUUUCGAGAAUCUUUAUAUUUUUUUAUUGUGUCUGACUACAUUUUUAUAAUUAUUAACAGAAUCAAAGAACAUUCUUAAAACACAAGUUUUACAUGUAAUUCUCCAUAUAUGUUUGACUGUAAUGAAUAAUCAAAACAAUUUUAAUGUGUAUAAAUAAAGUGCAUCAUAUCACACUAAUAUGGAAUAAAGAAUGAUUAAAUGCUCAAUAUAUGGCAGCUGUAGGAAAGUUGUCAGGAGCAUCAUCUGAUCUUUUUUCUCUAGAAUGUUGUUUAUGCACAUUAUCUGGAAUAACCAGAAAACGUUUCUCCUGAUGUGUCAUUGAAACCUUAGCUUGAAAAACACCCUUGAUAAAUUUGUUUGACUAGAAAAUAAAUUAACAAUGAUACCAAAAUGGUCACCAAGUCAUUCAACUGUGAGUGUUCAGCCCUUCUGCCACCUGGCUAAAAGACCAUCUCAGCGGAAAAUAGGGGCACUAUAUAAACAUCAGAAAUCAUUUACUUCAAAGCAUUAUCUUUCAGGUUUUAUAAACAAACACAAGAUUUAAGGAACUUUGUUUUAAUAUGUAUUGUAUCUAUAGGGAGAUAUGUAGUGGAUCAAGUUUGUGUGCCUCCGCUCACACAUACAUUUCCUUAAAAGUGUACAUAUUCCUGCUGGAGGGAAGCUUUAAAAUAAUUAUUUUGAAUUGAGAUCUGUUCAAUUAUCUGAUAACUUGCUGCCAUGGUCUGCUCAUCUGUUCAUUUCUUUUCUAUUUCUUUUCUUUUUUUCGUCAACCAGUAAAUAACAUACUCUAUUCAUUAUGUUUUUAUGUAUCCAAGCAUAUCUCUGUGUAUGUUUGAACAUGUUUACCUAUGUGUAUUUGUGCACAUAUCAGGCUAUGUAUCACUUUUUCCUUUUUUUGUUAUAUCCUUGAUGUUAUUAUUCUGUACUGCUCCAUAAUUCACUUCAAUUAUUAUAAAU